AUGCUGGCACGCACCCCUUUCCGUUUUUGGACGCCAAGGUACUUCCGUGGGCAAGCCGGUGCCGGCCGUUACCUUGGCAAGAGACGCGUGCGAGCCGUCGAUGGUGCACCUCCUCACUGCUCGACUGGGGCGGCGAAGGUUGGAGAGACCGUGACGCUGUGCGCGUUACCGACGCGCGCCCCACCGCCACAGAAGCCUGCCAGCAAAUCGCCAACUGAGGGCGCACCGUCUAGCCCGUCCGUAGGGCAGAACCUACAUCAGCCCCGGAUCAGCGGUCUGCAUUCACCUCCGCCGGAUGCCUUGCACGCCAGCAACCCGUUGGUGCAACGUGCACAGGAGCUGCUUCAUGAACUCGCCACCGUCGACUACUCGCAAUCCUCCCUGACCCCUGAAGCCGCGAAAGGGUUUGCCGAGUUUAGUACCAGACGCGAUGUGCUUGGGCCUCUCCGUGGCCUUCUUCCUCCUCCCGCGACGAUGAGUGGUGGCGGCUCUGCUAACCCUGCGUCGCGUCAGCGCUUCCGCCUUGUGCCGGUGGUGGGCAGCGGUCCCAUCGCACCCCCUCGUGGUCCGCCGAUGACGGCAGCAGCCGACUUUUCCCUCUCUGAUUUAGUUUUGUUUCUGCGACUGUACGACAGCGCCAACGUGGAGGAUGGACAGCUGCUGAUGCAGCUGAUGAACGAAAUUCGUCGGCAGCUGUUUGCCUUGGCAGAGGCUGCGGCCGAUGCGGCCGCCGCGAGAGGCGGCAGCUCCGCUCCCUCUGUGGCUGGUGUCACCGUAGGCGAGCACGAUCAGGAAGCGGCGAAUAGGGGUGUGAAGGGGAUAUCGCAGGCGCCGAGUGCGUCACUGCUUCCCCUUCCUGCGAUGCUCUACACAAUGUCCUCGCUCGGUAUCGUCGAGGAAGCCGUCCUCGAUGUGGUGACGAGUUGCGCCGUGCACGAUGGCGCAUGUGGCAGGCGUGGCCUCCUCUACUCACAGCUGCGUCUCUACUCUGUGGCGGAUUUACUACAGCUGCUCGUCGCGCUUCAUCGCUUUGGGCACCAGCAGCAGCCGUCUACAAAGGCUGUAGCAAAGGCUCUGCGCGCUUCUCUGUACAGCACCCCCACCAACGCAAGUCGGUUUCACAGGCGCGCAAGAUCGUUGAAGAAGGCGCUCGCAGCACGGCCACGGACACCAUCGUCCGGGGAGGGACGCGUCGGCGCGACAGCGGCCGUUGCCGACACUGGCGGCGUCGCUGCCAUGAUUGCGGAGGAUGAGGAGCUCAGCUCCCUCGCCUUUGGGCUGGAGUGCCCCCUGUUUUUGCUUCUUGAAGCGCUGACCGCGACGGCGACAACGGUGCACCGCCGCACAGACGUUGUGGCGUUUCUAUCCGACCUGAUCGCCGUCACGGCAGUGACGGAGCUGAUGACAGCGGUGCACGAGAGCCGCGGCAGGCGCUCGCCUGCUGGUUGCGAGGACCUCGCACUAGAGGCGCAAGGGUUUGUGUUCGCCGUGUCGCAUCAGCUCUUGCGUGCAGCGAAGCUCACCGAAUGCAUGGAACUUCCACAGAUCCUUCUCUCCAAUGUUUUCGCAUGGAGCACGACGCUGUCGGGCAGAGGGGUGGUCGUGGACGGCGGCGAGGACAGAGCCGUGCCGUCUGAUCGUGUCGCCUACUACGAUCACGUGACGGCUGACCUGAUCAAAGCGAACAGUGCAGAGUGA